UUAAAUAAUGUUGUAAAUUUGUAUUUUUGGUAUUUAAACCUGUCGUCAAAACAAUCAGUGGUAAAGAAUUUUUUUCUUUUAAAAAUACUAGAAUCAGCGAUAGAAGCAAAAACUUGGCUAGUAAAUUUUAGAACUUUUUCUAUUAAAUUAUAA